UGUCCGUCUCCAUGGUUACCUGUAGGUAGUAGAGGUAGUCGUCUCCUCUCGGUGAAGAGUUCCAGGGGGUUUAAAUCCGGAGAAGAUGAUGAGAACAGCCGCUGUUCACACGGUGACGGAGGAGCUGCAUGACCCGCCGCUCGGUCCGGUCUACACCGUACCGUCUGAGGUGGGCCGCUCCAGAACCCGAUACAGGACCGUCCCGUCCAAGAACCACCGUUAUAGAAAAGUGCUGGACUUCGGAUCCAUGUUCAGUGAACAUCCAAACUACGCCGUGAUAGUGGAGCCUGCAGCUCCAGGACGGGCCUUUGCAGCUCCAGAGCAGCCCCACACCGGGAAAAACGAACAGGUGUGGCUACGAAAGGAGUGCAGAGUCACCGGAGCCGAUUACUGGAAAUACUUGAAACGUCCUCUGAUCCCUUCUUCACGUCUGCUGCUUCCAAAUGUGGUGUUUGCACAGGAGGAUUUUGGGGUCCCCGAGCAGCAGCAGCCCACCCACUUUACUGUGGGGGUCCAGACCGACUACAGAGAGAGUGAAACACAGACGGACCCCUACAGCCCUGAAUAUGUCAUCAGACGAGGAGCCACAGCCUCAGAACUCCUGCAGAUGGCAGCGCUGAGCUGGGGUCGGGGAUUGCCAGCAGGCCUCGACGAGGUGGAAAUGAUAGAAUGGGCGCGGGAAAAGCGAGCGUUGGAGGCCCGCCUCCCUCCUCUGGAUGACAAGAGCCAGCUGAACAAGAGGAGGCGCAUGCUGGAGGAAAUCCUGGCUAAGGAGUGGGCUUUGAGAGACGCAAAAAUACUCAAGCUGCAGGAAGCUCGGCUGGCGUUGCUGGAGAACCGUCUGAGGCAGAGACACGAAGCUCAGGAGGACGCCACUUCUGAGAGGAUCAACCAGAUCUAUUCUGAGUAUGAAGAGGAGAAGGAGGUCCGGCUGAAGAAAAUCCACAAUGCCCACAUGAGGGCUCUAAGAAAACUGGAGGCUAAGAGGAAAAGUGCAGACGGGAAGCGGGAGCGACUGGACAUCGUCACUGAAUUCCAGAGAUAUCUACUGACUGACAGUAGAACCAAGUCUGGAAGCCAAAAAUCACUUACUAAUAAAGGAGUGCACGUUCAUGGAGAACUCCAUCAGUCGGUUCCUAAACCAGGAGUUAAAAUACACAAAGUUGUUGAUCUAAACCUGACUCGUGUGGGUAAAGCUGUGGAUUUACUAAUGAAAUACAAGGCUCAGACUGAAGAGGAGAAGACCCAGCAGAAGAAAAGACCUCGGCGUUUUCCCGUGAAGAAGAAGAAGUUCACUCCUCUGGCCUCUGCCGGAGGGAAAUCUCCCUCACAGUCGGAGGAGGAGGAGAAGACAGAACUCGCUGUAAUCGUCCUGCAGAAACUCCUGAGGGGACGGCGGACGCAGUCCCAGAUGCGUAAGGACAUGGAGGACCACCGGGAUCUCAUGCGAGAGCUGAGGACUGUCCACUCCAUUGACAGUGAGGAGCAGGAGCUGCUCAGAGCUGACGAAGAGCGAGUAACGGCUCUGAGAGACCAGAGAGACCAGCAGAGAGAGAAGGUUUCUGAAGAGGAGGCCUUCCACGCGGGGGUCGUUGGAGCAGAGCAGGAGCUCCUGUUCGACACUCUGUCCAAAGAGAUGGUUCGUCUGCAGGAGGAGCGGAGGAUCCACGCCUUCGCACUGCUCGCCGACAGGGAGCGGCGCCGGAGAGAGGCUGAGGAAAGUGGGAGGAGGCAGGAGGAGGAGCGCAGACGCAGAGAGGAGGACCAGAUCUUCACACAAGUCGUUCAGGUGCACCAGCAAAGUGUGGACAUGUACUUAGAGGACAUUAUUCUGGAGACUUUGGAGAAGAUGUCCAAUGAGAAAGCCAGAGAGGAGAUCCACGAGAAGCUAAAGCAGCUAAAUGAAAUCUCGUAUGCCGUGGAGAAAAGUCUGGACAACCGGCAGUCGGAGGAGAUCGUGUCGGAGCUGCUGUACAGCCAUCUGAUCCCAGGGGUUGAAAAGAACAUUUUCUGGCAAAGCGUGCGGCAGAAGCAGCGUAAACAUCUGGAGGCGGCUCAGAGCAUCAUUCAGGGGAUGGUUGCCUCCACCGGGGGAACAUCCUCCACUGAAGGACGUGAGGGCGAGACCAGGCGAGACGAACCAGGACAGACCUGAAACCAUCCAUUCACCAACGACACGCCGAGAAUAAAACGUUAGGAGUUUGUUUUUAGUGACCUGGUUCAUGCUCCCAAUGAAUAUUCCUAAAUGUGA